GGCGAUCAGCCAUACAAUAUACAAUGUAUAUUUAUUGAAUCUCAUCUCUUCAUUCGUCCAAUUUACUUUGGGUCUUUAAUAACAAAUAAAUGUCGCAUAAUUUUCUUACCAAUAACUGUCAAUGACAGGAAUACAUAAAUGUGAAAAUGCCUAGCAUUAGAAAAUAUCGACGUGAUACAAGUGAAGUCAGCUGUUGUUUGAAAUAUGUAAUUUUUGGUGUUAAUGUAUUAUUCUGGUUUCUCGGACUGAUUGUGUUGGCUGUAGGCGUGUGGGCAUGGUCAGAGAAGGACACAUUUAAUAAUCUCUCCAGACUCACAAAUAUAGCUCUAGAUCCUGCAUUUAUCUUAAUAUGUGUUGGAACCAUAACAUUUAUAAUUGGGUUCACUGGUUGCGUUGGCGCAUUGCGUGAGAAUACUUGUCUGCUGGCUUGCUAUGCAGUUUUUCUUGCGUUGUUGUUGUUGGCAGAGAUGGCAACGGGAAUAUUGUUUUUCGUCUUUAAAGAUUGGAUAAAGCAACAGGCUACGAGUGGGUUCCAAACAUUUAUCACACAUUACAGAGAGGAUCCCGAUCAACAGAACUUGAUUGACUGGAUACAGGAAGAUUGGCUUCAGUGUUGCGGCGUCGAAGGUCCCAGGGAUUGGGAUCGAAAUGCAUACUUCAAUUGCUCAAGUGGAGCGGUGGGAUCCCGAGAGGCUUGCGGAGUUCCUUUCAGUUGUUGCCGCAGCAAACCUCAAGACAUCAUCAGAAACAAACAGUGCGGAUACGACGUCAGGAAACCAACUUACCAAGUAUCGGAGCGUGUCAUCCAUGAGCGAGGCUGUUUGGCUGCCGGCGAGGAUUGGCUGCAGCGACACUUCGCGCCAGUUGCUGCUAUCCUCCUUGUACCGCUCGCCUUGAAGAGUUUUGAUAUAGGUAAGAUUAUAUAUGACAAAGGCUGUCUAGAGGCCGCCGAGGAGUGGUUUGACCACAAUCUGUUGAUUGUAGCUACAUCCGCUGUUUGUACUGCUUUUGCACAAAUUUUGGGUAUCUGCUUCGCUCAGAAUCUCCGCGCGGACAUUUUUGCGCAAAAAGCGAAGUGGCACUGACAAUCCGCCUCUCCUGCCGCCGUGUGACGUCAUAAACACACCCUCGACCCUUAUACUGCUCUAUACUCUGCUUUUCCCACGCGUCUACAACUGCACAGGAAUCCAGCAUGAAACUAUACAGGUACAUGCCUGAUAGCCGUGAGUUUGCACAGGUUUAUCUAAACAUUUUCUGCGCUAAGGCAUUAAAAUUAUAAAUCAAGUUAAGUUCAGCUGAAUGGUCUACAGAGUUAAAACCUAAUAGUGAAUUAAAGGAUUUGCGUAUUUAUUUUGUUCAUAUGUUAUGAUUCAUUAUUGAUUGUGCAUCUGUACUAUCUAAAACUUAAUCAUCUAUUGAAUACGUUUGACAAUUCCGAUAAAUAAAUAUUGUUACAUAUUAACAAUUUGUUACGACAGUGUAAAAUUAAUUUGGUGCUUUCAAAUAACUAUGACUGAGUUGUAAUGUCCAGCAUAAUACUAUUUAUACUAAAUAUAUUAUAUAUAAGUACCUGAUAAUUGUUACUUUUUACACAUGGAUUAUAUAAAUUACGGUGGUAUAGCAGCUUUAUAAUUUAUAAAGAAUAAUGUUUAUAAUAUUUUUACAACCAAACUGUAUAGAAUAAACAAUAAUUUUAUAUACGUUAUACAUUCCUUAUUAUCUGGUUGGUACACACUUCACUUCAAAAUUUUGUAUUACAAUUUUUCCCUACUGUACAGUUCAGUAUACAG